AUGGUUAUGGGGAAGGGACACAAAUUAACCCUGUCCUGUCCCCCUGCAGAGCCCCAACUGAAAGGCAUUGUCACGAGACUCUACAACCGGCAUGGCUUCUACCUCCAGAUGCUUCCGGAUGGCACCAUGGACGGCACAAAGGACGAAAGCAGCUCCUUCUUGCAGUUCAACUUGAUUCCUGUGGGCCUGAGGAUAGUAGCCAUCCAGAGCACUAAGACAGGGCUCUACAUUGGGAUGAACAGCGAUGGAUACCUCUACACUUCGGAACACUUCACCCCAGAGUGCAAGUUCAAAGAGAGUGUGUUUGAGAACUACUAUGUGACGUACUCGUCCAUCCUGUACCGGCAGACCCAGUCGGGCAGGGCCUGGUACAUCGGCAUCAACCGGGACGGGCAGGUCAUGAAGGGCAACAGGGUCAAGAAGACCAAGGGGGCCGCCCACUUCCUGCCCAAACUCAUCGAAGUGGCUAUGUACAGGGAGCCGUCGCUACAUGAAGUGGUGGUGGUCGCCGAGCUGAGUUCGCCCAGGAAAAUGGCCAAGGCCUCCGAUUCACCUGUGCUGCAGAACGGCAAAAAAGACCCGCCCUCAAAAACCAAAACCUCCUAGCGCACAGAGAACACAGGGGCGGUCAUACGGGCACUGGGCACUGGCAUGGGCACCUAAAGGAACUACAGGGAUGAUAUAUAGAAGCAAUGGAGCUUACUUGAUGGUAGCAUUAGAAGAACUCUAUCUCCCAUAAUGCAAUAGUGAAGGGUUGGGGAAAUAAAUGCCAAUGGAACCCUUCUUUAAAGACAUGGUGUGUCCCCCACCCACUGCAGCCCCCUCCCCUUCUCUUACCCAACACCGCCCCUGUAUGAGUCUGAGAUUUCAGAGCAAUAAAACUUGAGGAAUGAGGCUGGGUGCGUCGUAGCAUGCACUGGUCACGUCACAACUAUAUACACAUCCACUACGGGAAAUUCCCGGAAAGAAGACCGACACCUGUCAUCAGCAUCGUCUGUUUUUAAUCUACGUCACUUCACAACGAACAAUGUCUUCCUGUUUUUAUUACACAGGGUCGUCACGGUUAAAUGUUUCCCCCCUGUCCCACUGAGCAGCAGGGGGGGCCUAUUGUUCUACAUUCCCAAAGCUUCCAUCCAUACUAAUGUAAGGUUGAUCCAGGAUGCGUCUGCACCCUAUUUUCAAUAUAGUGCACUACUUUGUGUGGGUUGUGGUCAAAAGUCGUGCACUACAAAGGGAAUAGGGUGCCAUUUUGGAUGCAAGCCCAAAACAUCCUUUUGUUCUUAGUUAUCGGUUAGCAGGUCUUCUCUGUCCGUCAGCACCUUUGUGACCAUAGCUAUGUAUCUCCUCCAUACUUUUUUCAUUUUUUUUUCUUUCCCUCGUUAACCUCAGUUUUCCACUCGGCAGCACAAGAAAAAAAACUCCUUGUUCCUCUCUAGGGCUGUUUAACAGCAGCUUCCACUGAUCAAAAUCUCCCCAACUCUUGAAAGAGAGAGAGAAACCUCCCUGCUGCACUGAACUACACACACACGAUUGUGUUCACACACACACACACACACACAC